AUAAAAACCAAAGGUGUAUUGUCAAUUUGACCCCACAGCACCCGGUGACAUGGCAGCCAUCCAAAGAUGGAGAGCGCCUAAUAGGGCGGGUAGUGCUAAACAAGCGGAUGAAAGAUGGCACAGUGCCCAGAGACACAGGGGCAUUGCUGGGCCUCAAGGUGGUGGGAGGGAAGAUGACGGAGUCUGGCAGACUUUGUGCUUUCAUCACGAAGGUGAAACGUGGAAGUCUAGCAGACACUGUUGGUCAUCUACGACCAGGUGAUCAGGUUCUGGAGUGGAACGGGAGAGUUUUGCAAGGAGCCACAUUCAAGGAAGUUUACAAUAUCAUUCUAGAAUCCAAGCCAGAGCCCCAGGUGGAGCUGGUGGUCUCACGGCCCAUUGGAGAUGUCCCUAGAAUACCAGAGAGCACACAUGGACAACUUGAAUCAAGUUCAAGUUCCUUUGAAUCCCAAAAAAUGGGCCCAUCCAUCUCAGUCACGUCCCCCAUGAGUCCCGGCAUGCUCCGGGACACUUCUCAGUAUCUGUCUGGACAGCUCUCAAGUCCAUGCCUUAGUAGAAGAACCACGGCUUUUGUCCCUAGGGUCCAGGUCAAGCUGUGGUACGAUAAAGUAGGACAUCAACUCAUCGUCACUAUCCUGGGCGCCAAAGACCUGCCUCCACGAGAAGACGGCCGGCCUAGGAAUCCAUACGUCAAAAUCUACUUCCUCCCCGACAGAAGGUACAUACUUGGUGAAGUACAGAUAUACAGUGGUCAGCAUAUAUAAGUACACUCCUCACAAAU